CAAAGAUUUGCUUUCAUAUACAAUCCUCCCCUUCUUAAAAUUGAAAAUGAAGAUGUCGCCGAGAAUAUCAUUCAACCAGCAAUCAUGGUUUCCCUUUCUCAAGUCCAGGCUUCCAACGCCCUCAUUUCCUCCAUUUUCCCUAAGCGGCUCGUGGCCCUCUUCGUAGGAGGCACGAGUGGAAUUGGCGAGGUCACAUUGAAAAGAUUCGCGCAGUACACGAAUCAACCUCGUGCAUACUUCGUUGGCCGCUCUCAAGAUGCUGCCGAGCGCAUUGUAGCCGAGUGCAAGACGCUCAAUCCGGGCGGCGAGUUCAUCUUCGUAAAAGCGGAUGUGAGCUUGAUCCGUGUUGUGGAUGAAGUGUGCGAGGAGAUCAAGGCGAAGGAGAAAGUCUUGAAUCUUCUGUUCAUGAGCCAAGGUGUCAUGAGUAUGGAUCGUAGUAAAACAUCUGAGCAUGUCCAUCUCUUGGCCGCAUUGAACUAUUACUCCCGCAUCCGCUUCAUCACCAACCUCCUCCCACUCCUCCAAAAUGCCCCUACGCUCCGCCGCGUCGUGAACGUAGGAGGCGGCGGAUUGGAAGGUCCUCUCGAUGUCACCGACUUUCCUGCCUUGCGUGUCCCGGUGCCUGAACUCCGCGGCCACCUCAUCACUUUGGUAACUUUCGGUAUCGAGGCUGUAGCAAAGACAGCCCCUACUGUCAGUUUUAUCCAUAAUUAUCCCGGAACUGUGUACACGGGGCUAUAUCGCGAUAUGGAUGCUCCUCCUUUUGACACGUCGCUCAGUGUGCCGAUCGAGGAAUGUGGCGAAAGACAUUUUUACUUGACUACGAGUGCCAGAUUUCCACCUAGAGAAGGGGAGAGCACGGCAGUGAGGCUGAGCGACGGUAUCGAAGUGGCGGCGGGGACGACGGGGAAGAUUGGUACUGGUAUUUAUUCGGUGGGACAAACGUGUGAGAGUGCGUCGAGUGAGGUGGUAGAGCUGUUAGCUGGAUUGAGGGAGAAGGGAAUGGUGGAGGAGGUUUGGGGACAUACUAAAGGAGAGUUUCAACGUAUUGCAAAACUUAAUGCAGGAGAUCUCUAGGUUCGAGAUCAUUGUGAUUCGAACACAUCUCCCAUAGAAGAGCUAC